CGCUCCGGGCUCCGGAGGAGGCAGCGGGCGCUGCAGGAGCCGCAGGAUUACACUCCGCUGCUCCCCGGGACCCGCCAAGAUUAAAGGCUUUGCGUGGAAGACUGCGGCUGGAUAAGAGUUACUAACUUUUGGAAUUGAAGAUGGUGCUACCGUGGAAACAGUUGUUCCUGCUUUCAUUCAUUGGCUGCCUCGGAGAUCUUGAAACCUUUAAAACUAAAAGAAUUGCAGUGUCUGUUCGAGAAGGUCAAGGAGUUGUGCUGCUUUGCAGACCACCGCCUCAUUCUGGAGAACUGUCAUUUGCUUGGAUCUUCAAUAAAUAUCCAUCAUUUGUACAAGAGGACAGUCGCCGAUUUGUAUCUCAAGAGACCGGGCAUCUCUACAUAGCUAAAGUGGAGCCAUCAGAUGUAGGAAAUUACACCUGUGUUGUGACCAGCACUGUAACAAACACCAGAAUUCUUGGUUCACCAACCCCUCUAGUGCUACGCACAGAUGGUGUUAUGGGUGAAUAUGAACCCAAAAUAGAAGUUCAGUUUCCUGAGACACUUCCUGCAGCUAAAGGUUCAACAGUGAAACUGGAAUGUUUUGCCCUAGGAAACCCGGUGCCUCAGAUAAACUGGAGAAGAACUGAUGGCCUACCAUUUCCAAGUAAAGUAAAGUUGAGGAAAUCCAAUGGCAUGAUUGAAAUUCCAAAUUUCCAGCAGGAGGAUGCAGGCCUCUAUGAGUGCAUUACUGAAAACUCAAGAGGGAAAAACAUUGCAAGAGGACGUCUCACCUAUUAUGCAAAACCUCACUGGGUCCAGAUUAUAAAAGAUAUUGAAGCUGCAGUGGAGGAUAGUUUAUACUGGGAAUGUAGGGCAAGUGGGAAGCCCAAACCAUCCUACAGAUGGACAAAGAAUGGAAACACUCUAGCAUUAGAGGGAAGGAUCCAAACUGAAGGUGGGACACUUAUCAUAACAAAUCUAAAUCUGACAGAUUCUGGCAUAUACCAGUGCAUAGCUGAAAACAAACAUGGAAUGAUAUAUUCCAGUGCAGAGCUCAGGGUUGUAGCUUCUGCUCCAGAUUUCUCCAAGAACCCAAUGAAGAAACUGAUUCAGGUUCAGAUAGGAAGCACAGUAAAUUUUGAGUGCAAGCCAAAAGCCUCCCCUAAGGCAACUUGCUCCUGGAAGAAGGGAGGCGAGCUGCUACAGGAAAAUGAAAGAAUAACGUUAUUAAAAGAUGGAGGCCUAAGCCUAGCUAAUGUGACUAAAUUAGAUACUGGAAGUUACUCUUGCCUGGCAGAGAAUCAGUUUGGAACAGCUAGUAGCACAACAAGCUUAAUAGUUACAGAGCCAACAAGGAUAACUCUGGCACCUUCAAACAUGGAUGUGACUGUUGGAGAGAGUGUAAUCUUGCCGUGCCAAGUUCAGCACGAUCCAUUGCUAGACAUUGGCUUUGCGUGGUAUUUUAAUGGAACGCUCACCGAUUUCAAAAGAGAUGCUUCUCAUUUUGAGAAAGUAGGAGGGAGUGCAUCAGGAGACUUAAUGAUUAGAAACAUCCAGCUGAAACACAGUGGAAAAUAUGUUUGCAUGGUAAAGACAGAAGUGGAUAGUGUAUCAUCGGCAGCAGAUCUGAUAGUACGAGGCUCCCCUGGCCCCCCUGAACACGUGAAAGUGGAUGAAAUCACGGAUACCACAGCUCAGCUCUCUUGGCAAGAGGGCGCAGAUAAUCACAGCCCAGUCACUACUUACGCCAUUCAGGCGAGAACACCAUUUUCAGUGGGUUGGCAGAGAGUCACAACAGUUCCUGAUGUCAUCGAUGGAAACACUUACACGGCCACGGUAGUGGAUUUAAACCCUUGGGUUGAAUAUGAAUUUCGUGUCGUUGCCAAUAACAAAAUUGGAGGUGGAGAACCUAGUUUACCCUCAGAAAAAGUAAGAACUGAAGAGGCAGUUCCUGAAAUACCCCCAUCUGAAGUAAGUGGGGGAGGAGGCAGCAGAUCUGAACUGGUCAUAACAUGGGAUCCUGUUCCUGAAGAAUUACAAAAUGGUGAAGGAUUUGGAUAUGUUGUUGCUUUCCGACCUCUUGGCCUUACGACAUGGAUACAGACUGUAGUCACGUCUCCUGAUACACCAAGAUAUGUCUUUAGAAAUGAAAGCAUCCUGCCAUUUUCACCGUAUGAAGUCAAAGUUGGUGUAUAUAAUAACAAAGGAGAAGGGCCAUUUAGCCCAGUAACCACAGUCUUUUCUGCUGAAGAGGAGCCUACAAUAGCACCUUCUGGUGUCUCUGCAAAAAGCUUGUCAUCUUCAGUAAUUGAAGUUUCCUGGAAUGCCAUUCCUUGGAAAAUGAGUAGUGGACGGUUACUGGGUUAUGAGGUCACGUACUGGAAUAAUGGUGGAAAAGAAGAAUCUUCAAAUAGAGUAAAAGCUACAGGGAAUAAGACAUCAGUAAGAAUAACAGGCUUGAAGAGCAACUUAGCAUAUUACACAGCUGUCCGGGCAUAUAACAGUGCUGGGUCAGGACCCUUUAGUGCCACCGUCAAUGCCACCACAAAAAAGACACCACCCAGUCAGCCUCCAGGAAACGUUAUAUGGAAUGUUACAGACUCCAAGGUAGUACUGAACUGGGAGCAAGUGAAAGCAAUGGAGAAUGAAUCCGAAGUAACUGGAUAUAAGGUUUUGUACAGGACUAGCAGUCAAAACCAUGUGAAUGAACUGAACACAAAUACGACAUCAGCAGAACUUUUACUCCCGUUCAAUGAGGAUUACAUCAUAGAAGUAAAAGCAACAACUGAUGGUGGAGAUGGCACUAGCAGUGAUGAGAUCCGGAUUCCCAAACUGACUAGUAUGGAUGCAAGAGGUUCUGGUGCAUCAGUCGUGAACAUCUACAGCUUAUCCAGCUUCAUACGGAUAGUACCUUUCUUGACUUUUAAUGCAGUGUUGUGGUGAUACAUUGUCAUUCAUUGGAUACAUUAAAUCAGUUACAAAAGUGCUUUUUUUAAAAAAAUGCAGUGGUUAUGCAUGGGUUUUUUUUCAACUCUGUGUUUUUAAAUACUUCAUAUUCCAUUGUAGGUUAAAUUUAAAAAAAAAAAAACCCACCAUAUAAAAAUUCAGCAAAUCCUUUUAAAGGAAUCUAAAAUGCCUUAAUACUUGAACCAAAGGAGUUUACAUAAUACAUUUCUCAAAUCUGAUGUAAAUGAGAGUAAGAGUAUUAUGCUACGGUUUGAGAGCUUCACAGAGUCUCAGAUACACCUUAGCUCUAUGAUGAACUCCAUUUUUUUUGCAGUGACACUGAAUUGUUUUGAGUAUAUCCUGUGUCAUUGUGAUAGAAUAAUUCUAAUCCACACAAACAGAUGAAAAUGGAUGCAUAUUUAACUGGAAUCUAAUGACAAAUCUUGGACCAAUGAGAUCUUUUAAAAGCAGUAUGUUUACCAAGUAUGUUCAGAUAAGCUUGCAUACUGUCCUUUUACGUAAUCUACUCUAAAUCUAUCAGAUAAUCAUAGGUAUUAGAGAUGGAAAAGACCUUGUCCAUCUCCUGUCAGUGUUUUGUCCCAUUUACCUUUGAAAGUCCAAGAGACAGGGUUUCCAGCACUUCUCUUGAGAGCCGCACUUCAAAGGUUUUCUCUUUUUCCUCAUAGUCAGCAUACAUUUGUAUACUCCCUUCGAGAACACAAGUCCUUUCUCUCCAUUUAUAGGUAUUUGAAUUAAUUUUAGAUUUUUUUUUCUCAUUCCCCUACUUCAUCCAUCUCUUUGCCAGGUUAUCGCAUACAUAUUUAGCACUAUAUUCUGUCUUUAUAACCUGAUCCCUCCCGCUCCCAGCUCAUUUUUGUUGCCCUUCUCUGAAUUCCCACACCCCAACAUGUUUUGGAAAAUGCAGUGCCCAGAACUGAGCACUGUAUUUUAGGUGCAGAUGCACCGUGGCCUUAUAGAAAGGGACCGUUGCCUCCCUGCUCUGUGAUGUGUUUCUUCUGAACAUUCAGCCCAAAAUUACAUUGGCCCUUUGUCUACCACAUCACAUUGCAAACUAUGCCUGAUUCAAUAUAUGCUGUUACUCCUCUGCUCCCUUUUAGCAUUGCUGCUACCCAGAUUUCUCCUUUUGGUUGCUGAAAGGGACCUCUGUGUCUAAGCACCUCCAUCUCUCUCAGCUGGGCUGGCAUUCUGUAAUAAAUCCCAUGAACAUCAUAUAAUUCUUGGUAUGACUAUGGCAAUAUACUAUAGCUUUUACUAGAUAUAUAGAAAUAUAUAUAUAUAUAUAUAUAAACAAAGACUUUUUGUCCUUGUUAUUACGGAGAUUGUUCUAAAUCUAUAUGUUCCAUAGCAAUAUAUAAAAGAGAUGCCAAACCUGGUACAUUUGAUUUUCUAUAUUUGCAAAGCUUAGACAAAUCAUACGUUAUUCUAUCCUUUCAGACUGCUUUCAAUCGAAUAGCAAAUUACACAAUGUCAAAUGUUCAUGUGACAUAAAACUGAUAUUCUGUUUUUUCAGUUUAAUCUGAAAGUAUUAUUACAACACAAAAAAAAUCAAAAAUAUCAACCUCAAGUGAACUAAGAUCAGUAAAAUUCUGACAUCACUGUAGUAAUGUUUUAAUAUGCAUUCAGAUAUCAAAUUCACAUUAAUAUAACACACAAACUAUCUUGUUAGCUAUCCAAGCAAGAUCUGUAUAUACUGUACAUACAUAGUAAAAAAAUCAUAAAUGGCUAGUUGUUUUUUCAAUAUGGCUAACCAUUGACGUUUCUAAACAGUCACAAAUGGGGGGAAACAGACAUUCCUAGUAAAUAUAUAGUUCAGUUUCAUGCAAUGAAAGGUGAAUCUUUCUAUUCUUGUUUGAGAAAUUCUGCAGUGUCAUUUUCAUGAUUGUUCUAUUGCAUUAUUUAACUUUGUUAUAUAUCUCCAUGAGAUAUGUACUGAGUAUCUUGUUUCAUAUUGAAAAGUAUGAAAUUUAUCCUUAAACUUCCAGUUGUGUGUGUAUCCUAUGGUUAUCUGUAUGUAUUUUUUUCUA